UCUGCCUGACUAAAAGUAGUAAGUCCAGAGUAUUUCACAGCCUUAAUUCAGUAAUUCAGUGAAUAAACAGGCUCUGGGCAGUCUGUGGGCAUGCCAUCUGAGACUAUUAACACUAUACAUAGAAAAAUAUGCUGUAAACUGUGCAAAUAUGUGAGUCUGACAUAUGUUAGGGCUGAUAUGAUAUCCUGCAGCUUUACAGGACCUUGAAAUAAUAAAUAGGGCCAUAAGUUUCUCAAGUGUGUGUACACAGCUCUGCGCUGUGUAAAGUCGUCUGCUUUUAUGGCUGAUAAAGAUGGUUGUUUUGGCGUGGUGUAUUUAUGUGACCUAUUUUAUGAACAGUACUGAUAUAGAUUGCUUAUAUGCUCACUCUUGCUCACUGUAGACCCACAGCCAACAACCACGCUAAUGAGUGUGUGCAUGUUUGUGUGCCAUUGACUGAGAGCUAGCUCGCGUGUAAAAUGUAGGGGAUCGGAGUGUGUUUAAAGACGUUUUCCUCUAAUUCAGCCAGGAGACAGUCAAAAGAACUGCAGGAGCAAAGAUUCAGACUUUUAUUUAACUGCUUAAAAGAUCAGCUGGAACUCACAAUACAGAAUAAAUGCCAGACAUGGCCUCUCAGUAGAUCUAAAAAUCAAUUUUGUGUGUGUGUGGAAGAGUGAACGUGAGUUUGUCUGCCUCAAAGAUGCAUCAGAGAGAGUGAGAAUACGUGGGUGAGUGUUUUGUAUGCAUGUUUGAAUGCUCGCUUUUAUUUGUGUCUGCAAGACCACUGUGGACUGAAGUAGGAAGAGCACUUUAUGGCUACAGGGUACAUUUCACUGACAGUGUACGCUUGAUAUGUGGAGUGCUCUACACCUCCUCCUCUCUUCAAGUCUGAUUUUAAUCUAGGCUCUGAUACUGGCCGAUGACUCACUUUGGACCAGGUGAAAUAUGGUCAUAAUCUGUGAUUAUGCAUUUGUUGCAUCCAGCGGGGACAUAAUUACUGAGUAUAAUGACUCUUUUUACGCGUUGCAUUGCAUAUCGUGCUGCGCAAAUACCAUGUCUGCAUUUCCGAUCAGAGAAGCAAAAAAAUACAAGCUCUACUCUUCACUGCUCAAAACACAUUUGAAUCAUCAGUGGCAAAUUCUUUAAAUAUGAAAACGUACUAACAAGCUGUGAGUCAGAAGCAUCUGACUGAUCGGUUCUGGAAAGAACAGUCUGAAAGAAAGAAAGAAAGAAAUCGGCAUUGUAGCCUACUUUCACAGGAAACAGUCCUCAUCCUCCGUAAAAUGUGCUACACACAUCUGAAUAUUUGGGUGGAACUGUUCUGGAGCAGUGUUGUAAAUAAAGCUUAACCACUGAUUUCUAGUUGUGUCCUCUUUUGGAAGGCCGAACAAAGUAGCUUCGUUUUCACUAUGAAACACACAGCAUCUCCACAACAUGGUGACGGCGGCAACAGCGAGAAUAAAAGUUACGCCUUCUUUCUUUGCAUGAACAUUUAGGCGCUGCUAUGCAAAUCUUAGCUCAUCGUGACGUAGAAAUGUGGGGGCAUUAGAACAUGCCAUUUUAGGUAGGAAUGGUUGACUCUUAACUUUUAUAAAGAAUAUCUCUUUGGAUUUGAGACUUUAGUCUUUGCAAUCUUCUUUAUGCACCAAGAUCUUGUAACAGAAAGGAAAGGAAAAAAUUGUAUCGCAUCACAUGACCUCUUUAAGUGUCUGGACAAAAAUGAUGAGGGUGAGUAUUUGAUGACAACUUUUUCAUUUUGGGGGUGAAUUACUUUAAUUGUUUGAAAAAUAUUUUCUUCCGGUGAGAUUUUAAGUGUUGCAACUGUCUGAUGAUGAGGCCAAGAACCAAAUCAUUUGUAUUUGUAAAUGAUUCAACCACCAUUUUUGAGAACCAAAACAUCUGACUCAAAUAAAUGUUUUAUUCAAGUACUUGACAUUGCUACUCAUCUCUAGAACCCUCAUGGACAUGCUAAAGAGAUGUCAUAAUUUUGCAGUGAACAUUAACUUAAAUUUCAGUCUGCUCCCAUACAAAACUAUCAUAUGGCUUCAAAAGAACUGAAAUAUAACACAAGUCAUAGAAACCAAUCUUAUGUGUUUUUAUUGUGCUAUUUUUUUCAUUUUCAUUUAUUUUGUUACACAGAAGAUAGGACGUCAAAAGGCAUUGGAAUGAUUGAAUGAGGGUGAGUAAAUGAUGCUAGAAUUUUCUUUAAGCCCACAAUGAUUUUUGUUGAGCCCUGAAUGCUAAUGUAGCAUGUACAGGUCAACAGUUGAGCAGCAGCACUGGCUGAGGCACAAGUGUUGUGAGAAGAUAAGUUGUGGUGGAGAUCUGGUGUAGCAUUGUUAAUAGUUAACCUCCACCCAGUUCCAAUGAUUACACUGCUCCCGCCACAAUUCUGAUAUAUUCUGAUAUAUUAUGGGGCCACAGGGAGAGAGGAAGGGACGUUAACUUCAGCAAUAAAAAAGUGGGAAAAAUAACACAAGAGGAAGAGGGUGAGUAAGUAAGUAACACGGGUAAUUUCAUUGGAGGCUCCGGUCAUCGCCAGUUCAAUUCUCAGAUGGUCUCUGUCAAAAGGAGGGUCACGGGGAGUUACUGCAGAAGUGGACGGAACAUUCAAAAGAAUUGAAGUUCAAAGAAAGGAAGGGAGGGUUGCAUGUUUUUGGUAGACGGGAGGGGAGCAGCAUUCACAGCACAUGCUAGGUUUCCAGUGUUUACAACUGAUUCCACCCAUGAUAUUGCAAGAACAGAAAUAAUGGACAAGAAAAAUGCAAAUGGCUUUUCUUCCAAGGCCAAAGACAGUGGAGUACAGCGUAAACAGCUGCCAUAUUCUGUGGAGACCCCCUAUGGGUUUCACCUGGAUCUGGACUUCCUGAAGUAUGUAGAUGACAUAGAGAAAGGUAACACAAUCAAGAGGGUGCACAUCCAACGCAAGAACAGGGGCCCAAAGUACAGCACACUGCCACGCAACUUCAGCCUUCCUGGGCACGGAGCUCGACCUCUAGCCAAAGACACAUGGGCCAAUACUUCCACAUUAGGGUCCAAACCCAAGUCACGUGUUACUGAAGUCCAGCAGCUUUUUGAGUUCCGAGCCAGUGAUGCCACUAGUGGUAGCAGUAGCACCGGUGGAAGCUCCCCUGCCAGCCAGUCAAAGAAACCUGUGAGUUCUUACCACCCCUCACCAAAGGCAGCAGAAGUAUCUCAAGUACAGACUUCAUCUGAUAACGAACAGCCUAUGAGUCUUAAUGUUAGGCCUCACCUUUUAAGAGCGUCUAGUAUGCCUAUUAAUGUUCCACGUAGGAAAGGUUCAGAUUCCACUGAUGAGCAGAGUUCCCAAUCACAGAAUGGCUCAGCUGAGAGGCUUUUUCGACCAGCGGAUGGUGGUGACAGGAGAGGCAGUGUUCCCCAGGACAGGGCCAGCUUGCAUCUACAGAUCACAGCUGCAUUGAAGAGGGUGCGGGAGUUAGAAGAGCAAGUCAGGACCAUCCCUGAGUUGAGGGCUCAAAUAUGCUCUCUUAGAACGGAGAGGGAAGAACUGCUUCAAAGAAUUCAAGAGCACAAAUCUGAGCAAAAGAGUGAGGUUCCUCAAAUUGGUGCACAAGACAGUGCUGUUCCUCCAGCUGUAAGUGAAAAGAAAGAUGCUCCUUCCAUUUACACAGAUACUGCAGCUGAUCCUGAAAUGGUUCAAGCAGUACAGUCCAACAAAACCACAGAACAACAGGAACAACAUUUUGUGGUGCAGGUUACUGUAGAGCAGGAGUCUGAAAAAGUAACUGAUACAGAGUCAGAGAAGCAACAAGUGCCAGCUCCAGUGUCUGUCCCAGUAAUACUCAUAGACAAAGCAGAAACUCCAACUGAUCCAGAUGAAGCAGAGGGACUUUUACAGGAGUCUGCACUUCAAGAAGAAGCACCAAAGAGUCUUUCAGAGCAAGCAGAAAAGCAGGAUAGAUCUCCAGAGACGUUGUUGGAAGAUAAACAGUCUACACAGUCACAAGGGAUUUCAGAAUCAGAGGAAUCUGUUGCUGCAUCUGAAUGUACAUCCACUAAAGAAGACACUGCGAUGGUUGAGGGACCAAGUGUAAUUACAACCGAAGAAAUUACAAUAGCCCAACCUGCUGAACAGAAAUGUAUCACUAACCUGGAGCUGGAAGCAAAAUUGAAAACUUUGGAAGAGAGUCUAAACAAGGCCAAUUGUGAGUUAGAAAAGACAAAUGCCUUACUGAGAGAACAGAUGGAUGAGAAUCAACAAAAGGAUCAGAGAAUACAGGAACUGACUGAUCAAGUGAAAGAGCAGAAAGUUCAAGGUCCUAUCGAGACAGAGCCACUAUCUGAACCAGUUGUGACAUGUGAUGUAUCAGUCAGUACAGACAGCAAAUGUGUAGUAGAGAAAGGAAUCGCAACAGAACCUCAACCAGCUGAGGGACCCAAAGAAACAGACUUUAAAUGCUCAAGCACUCAGACAAAUAUAGUAGAAGCUCGAGACAUUGAAAUAUUAGCACAAGUCACUACAGCAGAGAAAAUUGUAGGGGUAGAGAUUCUCAUGUUUGACCAGGCAAUUGAGACUGAAGGCCAGGGUAAUCUAGAAGUUAACAGUGGUAAACAGGUCUCUGAAAUGCUAGAGAAGACAGAGUCUGACAAAGAACAAGAGGGUGAUAUCAAAGAUAGUGUGUCAAGCCGGAUUAUAGAUACCAAAGUCAGUGAAAUCGUUGUUGCAGACAGUGACACUGAAGAAUAUGUCAUGGUAGAGUGUGCCAUGGUUGAGACUAUGGGCAGUGAAAAUGAAGUCCCUAAGCCCACAGUCCAAGAGACCGAAUCUAAGGAGUGUCCGGUUGUUGAAAGCACAGUCACAGACAAAGCACGAGAAGGAAGAACUUCGGAUUUGCAAACACAGCAGGAACCAAGAGAAACACAAGGACAGGAACCUCAACUUCAGUCUCGAAGGGCAUCUGAAGCCACAGCUUCUCCUGCUGCAAUUGGUCAGGUUGUUAAUCGUAUACAAGGGCUUCUUAAUGAGCAGUGGGCAAGCCUGGGAAGUGGGGGCCAAGAUGCAAAAGGAGAGAGCUCUCAGAAACCUCAUUCUUCCAAAAUAAGCUCAAUUCAAAGCCACCUGAGAGGGUCCCUCAGUGCCCUGUCUGCCUUUUACUCACCUGUUCAGAAAGGAGGAACUGAACGACAAUCAGGCCUCAAAUCCAUCAUGAAGAAGAACGGUUGUCCUGACAAACAGGGCAACGGAGGAGCGAAGAAGAACUUGAAGUUUGUUGGCGUAAAUGGAGGCUAUGAGACCACCUCCAGUGAGGACUCCAGUGGGGAGGAGGAUCAGGACAAGGUUGAGGAGGUGGAUAGCUCGGAGCCUGAGUUGGAGCAGGGAGAGGAGAGUGGAACGGCCCAGGACGAGGCUGCUGCUGCUGGGGAGCAAGGUGAUGGGGUUCAGGCGAAGGGGGCAGAGGGCUCUAAGGAGCCUGAUGCUGCUCAGUCCGCCAUGAGUCCCCAGGAGGAGCAGCCUGUCAGUGAGUUAGUUGAUAAGAACUUCAUGGCUGCUUGUCAUUUCCUGAAAGAUCGCAUGGCUGAAGUUGCUUCCCCAAAUAAAGACAUGAGGCAGGUUCUGAUGCUGUUGUAUCAGGAGUGGUUUCGCGUGUCCAGUCAGAAGGACUCUCAGACAGAGACGGUCACGCUGUACCUGAGGGAGGUGGGCUACCACACUCCCACUCUGCUGCGCUAUAUAGUAAACCUGGCUGAUGGUAAUGGAAACAUGGCACUGCACUACAGUGUGUCCCAUUCCAACUUCUCUGUGGUCAAGCUCUUACUAGACACAGGACUGUGUGAGGUGGAUCACCAGAACAAGGCUGGCUACACUGCUAUAAUGUUGGCAGCUCUUACUGCGGCAGAGAGCCCUGAGGACAUGGAGGUGGCUCAGCAGCUACUGAGAAUGGGCAAAAUCAAUGCUCGAGCCAGCCAGUCAGGGCAGACAGCACUGAUGCUUGCCGUUAGUCAUGGCCGGACGAUGAUGGUCCAGGUUCUUCUGGACUGUGGUGCUAAUGUGAACAUACAGGACCAGGAUGGAUCCACUGCCCUGAUGUGUGCCUGUGAGCAUGGUCAUACUGAGAUAGCCAAAAUACUGCUGGACAGACCAGAGUGUGACAUAUCACUCACGGAUAAGGAUGGACACACAGCUCUGUCAGUCGCCAUGAAAGCUUCUCACUCAGACAUUGUUGAACUUCUGAAAGUUCGCCCUGAUCCAGCCAUGGACACAGAUCCUACAGCUCCGCUCUGAGUUCAAAGGCCUUGUCUUCA